AUGAUGCCUAAUCGGGAAAAGACAGAAUUAGCUUAUAUGUAUUUUAUUCCCAAAUCACAUAAGAAAGCUACACCACUUCGACCCAUUUUAAAUACAAUUCAUGCUGCAACAAAGCAAAUUUCUCAAUUUUCAGAUAAAUUAAUUCGACCAUUAUUCGAUCGAUUUGCUCGUCAAACGACCAUUGUAGAUGGUGCUGACCUUCUUGAUCAACUUCAAAACUAUAUUCACAGAGGUUAUUUUAAUUCAUAG